AAGACUCGGCCUGUUCCAUUCCUGUGCGUCAAGGCUCAGACAUCAGUACUCAAGCAACAGCACCAGUGUACGUUAUCGGCAUGAGUGAAGAGCAAAUAAAUAUUAAAAUAGUGCAGGCGAUUGAGAAAUUCCCGGUAAUAUACGAUUAUUUGUCCCCGGGCCACUCAAACAAGGACGAGGUUGAUAAAGCUUGGCAUGCAGUUUCAAAAGAAGUAAACAUAGAUGUUAACUCUUGCAAAGAAAAAUGGAGGAACUGCAGAAACUGCUGGGCCAGAUAUUUAAGACAGACUCCUGUCAGUGGUUCUGCUGCCAGACCCAAGAAGCCAUACUACCUAGCAGAAUACUUGGCUUUUCUGACUCCGUUUACGAAGUCACGAAGGCAGCUGGGAUCUAUGGAGAUUCAUCCAACAACAAAGGAGCUUUCUCCCAAAAUAGAAGAAGGGCCUGUAUCUCCCGCCACCACAGAAGUACAGAAUGUGAGCGACCAUGAAGAAAUGCAACCGGUACCUCCACCACGCGAAAUUCGCAAAAAGAGGGAAAGAUCCAAAGUGGAUAUUGAUGAGGUUUUCAUCUCAUACCUAGAAACGAAAGCGAAAAGGGUACCUGGAGAAGAGUCGGACAAUCCAGACCUCUGCUUUUUCAAAAGCCUUUUGCCGGAUGUCGCCAAAUUAACACCUGCCCAGAAGAGCGCAUUCAAACUAUUUCUUCAACAAAACUUACAUGACAUGUUGUACAGCUCGUCCGCUGAUUUUCAUAAUACGAGUAAUGUGAAUCAGGCUGGCCCUUCCACUUCCCUAUAUCACUAUUUAAAUGUGAGUCAGUCCGGCAAUUCUUCAGGCUCUUGUACACCAUUGCCCUCCCCACGUGAUGAAGUGUAGCUGGACGUUUCGAUCCUAGUUAUCAGAUGUGAGUUGCCAGCAUUCCAUUGAAAACUGUGGCCUUUUCUAGGUUAACGUACUCAAAAUUUUGGGUAAUUAAAAUUAAAUAUUAUUAUCAACAGUAGGGGACACUUUCACAGUGAAACGAUUCGAUCAUGUCUAAUGAACAUUUAAAAUAAAUAUGUACAAUUUGGCGCACAUGUUUUGUGAUUUCUUUCUAUUUUUAUUAAUUAAUGGUAAUACAUUAAUGUUAUAAGUAGCCGUUCAUCAGCACUAAUAGCUUUCCUACAGUUUGUAUCCUGCUUCUUCGAUUGUGGCGAAACUCUCUGAAGAAGUUUCUUAUAGGAUUCUGGGGACAUUCACCGGAUCCUUUAACAAGUCUCGCGCUAAAACGUUGAGCACACGACUCAUUAAAGUCAUGAAUCCACUUCCUUUUCCUUCUUCUGCGUAAUUUAAGCCACAUUUGCAU